AUCUUAGAGCACCUCACAGGUCUCUCCCUCGGAGCUGUACACUGCCUGAGUGAGGAGCAGCUCACGAAUCAGCUGCAGGUCCCUGUUUUCAAAAACAGGCACAGAGGCAAAGAGAAAAGGGUGGACGGAUUCUGGACUUGGCCUGAGAGCAAGACAAUCACCCUCUGAAUCCAGAAGCGUUCUGUUCAUGUUUGGGGAGAUUUUUUCAACUGGAUGGAACCAGAAAAGAUCAAAAGGAUGGAAAGUGUCAGCAGUGCCAGCGUCCCCUUGAAAAGAAUUGCUUAUUUCCUAUGCUUUUUAUCUGUGCUUUUGCUGACUGAAGGGAAGAAACCUACGAAGCCAAAAUGUCCUGCCUUGUGUACUUGCACCAAAGAUAAUGCUUUAUGUGAAAAUGCCAGAUCUAUUCCACGCAGCGUUCCUCCUGAUGUUAUCUCACUAUCCUUUGUGAGAUCUGGUUUUACUGAAAUCUUAGAAGGGAGUUUUAUACUCACACCAUCUCUGCAGCUUCUGUUGUUCACAUCAAAUUCCUUUGAUGUGAUCAGUGAUGACGCUUUCAUCGGCCUCCCUCACCUCGAGUACCUAUUCAUAGAAAACAACAACAUCAAGUCAAUCUCAAGACAUAGUUUUCGGGGCCUAAAGUCUUUAAUCCACCUGGAUGAUCCAGGACAUUAUGGGUUAUUUGAAAAUCUGGAUCAUCUCCUGUCCUCACUGGCAUCUAACAGGAGUCUUGCAAACAACAAUCUCCAAACACUCCCCAAAGAUAUUUUCAAAGGCCUGGACUCUUUAACAAAUGUGGACCUAAGAGGGAAUUCAUUUAACUGUGACUGCAAACUGAAAUGGUUAGUGGAGUGGCUAGACACCACCAAUGCAACAGUUGAAGAAAUCUACUGUGAAAACCCACCAGAAUAUAAGAAGCGUAAAAUCCGUAGCCUCUCCUCAAAGGAUUUUGAUUGCAUUAUUACAGAAUUUGCAGCAUCUCAACUCCUGCCUUACCAGUCUCUGUCCAUAGACACUUUUACUUAUAUGAAUGAUGAGUAUGUAGUUAUUGCUCAGCCUUUUACUGGGAAAUGUAUUUUUCUUGAAUGGGACCAUGUAGAAAAAACCUUCAGGAAUUAUGACAACAUUACAGGAACAUCUACUGUAGUAUGCAAGCCUAUAGUCAUUGAAACUCAGCUCUAUGUUAUUGUGGCCCAGUUGUUUGGAGGGUCUCACAUUUAUAAGAGAGACAGUUUUGCAAACAAAUUCAUAAAAAUUCAGGAUAUUGAAAUUCUCAAAAUCCGAAAACCAAAUGAUAUUGAAACAUUCAAGAUUGAAAACAACUGGUACUUUGUGGUUGCUGACAGUUCAAAAGCUGGUUUCACUACUGUUUACAAGUGGAAUGGAAAUGGAUUUUACUCCCAUCAAUCAUUACACCAGUGGUACAGAGAUACUGAUGUGGAAUACCUGGAAAUAGCCAGGACACCUCAAACGGUCAGAACACCUCACUUGAUUCUAUCCAGUAGUUCCCAACGUCCUGUAAUCUACCAAUGGAACAAAAGCACAAAAUUAUUUACUAAUCAAACUGAUAUCCCAAACAUGGAAGAUGUGUAUGCAGUAAAGCACUUCACAGUCAAAGGUGAUGUGUAUAUUUGCCUGACAAGAUUCAUUGGUGAUUCCAAAGUAAUGAAAUGGGGAGGAUCAUCAUUUGUGGAUAUACAAAGGAUGCCAUCCCGAGGAUCCAUGGUAUUCCAACCUCUUCAGAUAAAUAAUUACCAAUAUGCAAUUCUUGGAAGUGAUUAUUCUUUUACUCAAGUGUAUAACUGGGAUGCAGAGAAAGCAAAAUUUGUAAAAUUUCAAGAGUUAAAUAUACAGGCCCCAAGAUCUUUCACUCAUGUGUCUAUUAAUAAGCAUAAUUUUCUCUUUGCUUCCAGUUUUAAGGGACGUACACAGAUCUACACACAUGUCAUAGUUGAUUUAAGCGCAUGACACGUUCAGCUCUGUGGCUGCAGUCAAAAACUCUUUCCAAUUAAGUGGACAGGAUGAGCUAAGUGCAUGAUGACUCUUCUAAUCAUACUUCCAAAUGAAUGCCUUUCAAAAGUCGAGAUUGCUAGAGCCAAGCAUUACCAGUAUCUUCAUCUUUAACUGUCAGGUCUAGUGGUGUUGGAAGUUACCUUUUACAUGACAGAUUUAAAUUGUUUAACUGGGCUUUGCCUUGACAAUAUGUAAAUAUGUGUGCAAUGGCAUCUGUCAUUAUGAGAAGAAAUAUUAAUAUGUACUUUUCUGUUUAUUUAUUCAUGUGUUCAGAAACAACUGCCAAAUAAAAUGUUUACAUUUUCUCUUUCACA